AUCGUUUUGCAGAAAAAAUGAGGUCCAUCAGUCCAUGAGAAAAGAAGAAAUCAAGUUAUUUCAGAGGGGAUGCUAGAGUAUCGGUAAAUAAUUUGGUAUGCCUGUACUGCAGUAAAAGCUGAGAACACCACAAUGAUGUCCAAGAAAGAAUUAUGUAGCCUUUAUUCUGUUUUUGUGGGGCACCUGUCUCUCUCUGUUACAAAAACAGACCUUGUAGAUCUAUUUUCUGGAUGUGGUGAAAUAGAAGACGUUUUCAUCUGUGACAAUAACUCAUCAUCUCCAUAUCUAUAUGGUUUUGUCCGCUUCAGAGAUAUUGAAUCAGUUUACAAAUCUGUAAAAACUCUGCACAGAUGGCCACUAAAGGGAAACAAAAUCGUGGUAGAUAUCGCUAAAGACACAGGAGAUCGAAUAAAAAAAGGAGGUGAUACAUUUAUAAAUGUCAACAAACUGAUGUCAACUCCCUCCCCCAGUGCCCCUCUUGUUAAGGAGCAUCCCCCCUCUGUGGCCUCAUCCAACAUCAUCCAGGACGUCAUGCAUCUUGGUCGUCUCAAAGAAUGUUAUGCCUCUUUGGCAAUGGAAGCCAAAUACAAUGUUGGUUCAUUCGCUGAUAAGAAAACAGUCAGCAUUACUGACAUGGAAACCUUUAUGGAGGAUGUUGAGCAGGCUAGUGCAGCGAAAUCAGCGACGUAUGAGGGAAAAAUCCAGAAAACUGUGUCACCGGAAUUGGUGAACCAGGCUCUUCUAAAUAGUGAUGAUUUAGAUCCUGCUUUUGGAAUGAAUCGAGCCAACCAUUUCCUGUCUUCGUUGAAGGUAGUCAUGGGAAAUAUGGCCUCAUUUCUGAAAGAUCAUGAUUUAAUGUCCUCGGAGACAGCAGAGCUGGUGAACCUCUGUGCUGGGGAGAGUGAGGAAAAAUACUCAGAUGAGAGUAGUCAUGCCUCCACUAAAGAUAGAAAGAUUUACAGGAACUCCGCAUUGAAAGAGAGGCUGAAACAACCAGAGACUUCCGACAGUGAAAUUUCUCCCGUAUAUGAACCUGUGUCUGUUUCUGACCAGAAGAGGAGCUUUGAGGAAUCUGCAGGGAACACCAGUAGGUGUUCAGAAUCUGAACUUGUUCAUUCAAACCAAGGUAGAUGUUUACCAAUCGAACCACAUGAAUUUGCUGAUGAUGAAAUGAGUCAAAGUAAUGUCAAUGAAUCAGAUGAUAGGAUUUAUGAUGAGGGUGAAGAAGUAGCAGAGACCAUAACAAAAGGACAUGUGGAUUGUCAAGAGUAUGAGAUGCUCUCAAAAGAUGAAAAUUCUGAGGAAGUUGAUGAUGUCUUUAGCUUAGUCAGUUUUAAAUCAAGAGAUGGUGACUUAAAAACCAAGAAGUCUGCGAUCAGUUUAGGCUCAAGCCCUGGAAAAAGGAUUGAAAGUAAAGAGGACCAGAAAUUAUCUUCAACCAGCAGUUUGUCAUCUCAUUCAACUGCCUCAGAAGGUUCAAAAUUGCCAUCAUUUACAACUACUUCAGAGAGUGCAAAACAACCACCUUAUUCAACCGCUUCAGAAAGUACAAAGUUAUCAAAUGACUUCAGGCCAAAAUCUCCAGUGUCACCUGAUAUAGCAAUCAUCUCAUCAGCUCUUCAUUCCAAGAAACCACAGACUAUUUUGAAAACAAAACCAGUUGCAGAUCAACAAGGAAAAGCCAGCACCUUUGUUCACUCAAAAUCAUCACCUAGCCUUGGGACAUCAUUUAUGAAGACAUCACCAACUUUCAUUUCAUCCAGUCUGAAGAAGGUGCCAUCUCCACCUAGAAUGUCAUCAGGGCCUCAUUCAAAUUCACCACCUAAUAUUCCAUUGUUAAAACAGUUUCCCAGUGCAUCUGCUCACUUAAAAUCAUCCCCUACUAUAGGAUCAUCUUAUCCCACUACGUUAACCAGUGCCAAUUCAUCAAGUGUUCAAAAACUCCCAUCUCCACCAUUUCCAUCACAUGUUCUGCAUUCAAAAUCACCUCAAACUAACAGAGAUUCAGUGCAUGACUUGGAUUCAUCUCCAAAGGAAAUGCCUGUAUAUCCUGAAACUAAAACUUAUCAAACACCUACCAUUGAUUACAAAAUUUGUGAACAUGAUGCAGAAGUUUUAAGCGAUGAGGAUUCUUGUGAGAAAGACAAAAUAGAAGCUCAAUCAAAAGAACAUGUAAAGUCUGCCAAGAUUGAGACAAUUUCAGAAAAGGAGAGUUUUGAUGAGGUUGACGAAGACUUAAUCUCGGUUACUUUUGAACUAGAGAUAAAAGAUGAUGAUGGACUUGAAGGAAAAGUCAAUGAAAAUGAAAAUCCUUUGGAAAGUGGAAUUUCUGCAACAGACCAAGAAAGCAGCCAUGGUGGAGAGGACCUUAAAUCAUCUUCAGCCAGCAGUUUAUCAUCUUAUUCAUUAGUGAAUGCUAAGCUGUCAAGGUCAAAUUACUACAGACCAUUUUCUCCAGUGUCCUCUGAUAUGUCACUCAGCAUGUCUUCAUCAGAACCAAUAUUCGAGUCACAAACAGGUAUCAAAGGAUUAAGGCAGUCUGAUUCAACUACUAGCCAUGUGACAUCUCAGCCUAAUAUGUCAUCAACUGUCCUUCCAACUAGUUCUUUAGAAAUGCCAUCUCCCUCAAGUGUUUCAUCUGCUGAUCAUACAAACUCAAGGUCAUCAUCAAACAGCUAUCAUUCAGGACAUAGCUCAAAUGCAUCUACAACUGAAAUUCCAGUUCAAUGUGAAUUUGAAACGAUUAAUACACCCAUUCAACAUGAGAAGUUUCAUGAAAGUAUCUCAGACUCGGAAGCAAGGAGUUCUCAAAAAUCCAAACCAUCCCAGAGCUUAAAUUCAGAUAUUUCUGACAAUGAAGCUCAAGUGUCCCCAGUCACAAGUCCCAGAUUUGGAGAGACUCAGAAACUGGACCUUGGUGAGUUAUUUGGAUUAUGUAAUGGUCAGAAACAGGAAGUGGUGGCAGAGAAAGUGAGCUUGGAUCAGAUUUUCAGUAUGUGCAAUGGACAGACGGUAAAUUUAUCACAUGGCACAGACUUCGGCUUGCAGGCUACAGGAGAACCCAAGGAAAAACCUGAUCCUAAUGGCGUGCAGAAGGAGGAUUUUCAGAAGUACUUUGAAUUGGUCAAACUGGGAAGAGGAAGAGGUUCUAGCUCACUGUUAAAUACUACUAGAUAAGAUAAGCCAGGUGCAGAAGAAGUUUUCUCAAGGUGUGUACAUAAAGACUGGAAUUACCAUCGGUAGAUUCCAUAGCAUUCAGAAAGAAUCCAUUGAAUUUUAUUGGAUCUGAUCAUUUUGCAGUAGGGGAACAAUUUUAUUCCAUGUUAUCUCCAAUGGUUAAAAUUUAUUUAAUAAUGUCUGCAUACUUUGCAUUGCUAUGGAAAGUGCACAGUCUGAAAGGUUUUAUUUUUUAACCUAGGCCUGUUUGUAUUAAUGGUGUGCUCUUCAUUCUGUAUUAUUUUACAAAAAAGAAUGAAUCUUUGAUUUACAAUCAUUUAUGCAUAAUUUUCAUUGCAUAUUGUACGUAUAAAAGUUAUGGUGAUUUUAUAUAUACGGUACAGCAUUUUUACUGGUCUUACAUGUAUCUUACAAGCAUUUUUGAAUUCAGAAAAAAAAGUAGCACCUUAAAAUUUCUAAAUUUUUCCAUAAAAGGUUAAAGAUAGUAAUUUACAUAUUGUUUUUAUAUUUGUUUAUAUUAAAAUUUAUACACUAUAAUAUUAAGAUCUCUUUGUUUUAAAAUUUUAUUGAAAGAUAGAUCUUAAUUUUCAUAUUGAUACAUGUUUUUGUUAUGUAUCACUGACAAUAGUAUUAAUAGAGCCUUGUGUACUGUGAACCAUGUCAUUGCUUAUGGGACCAAUAUAUGUGAUAUUCAUGCAUCAUCACCCUCAUCCAUAAUUUUACUUUCCAUCAAACUAUAAC